CGAACUUUCUGCUCCAAUGGAUACCGAAAUCAGAAAUAUUAUCAUUUUCCUUAGAAAUGACUACAUUCCCGUCGUACAACGUAUAUUCGAUAAAAAUACGGCCCUUCUGCAAAGUGCUCGAUUACACGGGAAAAAUUGCUUAAUUUCGUCCACCGUGGGAACCGUUGCAGCCGCCAUGGGAGGAACUGUCGCCGCCGUGGCGACGGCCGUUGCCACACUUGGCGUCGCCGUGGUGGCGCUACCCGUCAUGGCGGUCGGCACCGGCGUAGCCAUUGCGGGCGCAGCCACCAAUUUGGGGACCACACUUGUCGACCGACUCCUGGAGAAGGACGACAAGGACGAAAUACAAAAACUGUUCGAAGUUUUAAACAAAGAAACGCUUAAAUUUCUAAAAGUCGUGGGAAUUUUACAAGAAGAGCUGGGAGAUUAUGGAAAAGAAUGUUUUCCGAACUUGUACGAAUUUAUGGAUUCUGUGAUAGAAUACUGCCUUCCAACUGAUGAAGACGUUACGGUUGACCAACUGAAAGAGGGUGACUAUAUUAUGCGACCUCUGUCGGACCCUGUCAUGCAAUUUUUGGGCACACAUCACGGGAUUUGUAUCUUGGAUGGUUCUAAACUUAAAGUGCUGGACUUUUGGGUUGAUGGCGUAAAAUUAAAGGAAAUGAAGGAAUUUCUUAAAGGAGAAGGCCUUCGUGAAUUGCGCCGAAGGAAUUAUCACGGCCUAGAACUUCCGGUUAGUGAAACGGUCAAACGUGCGAGGAAACAAUUGGCUCAUGGCAGCGAAAGAAAAUAUAGCUUGGCCAAUUAUAACUCCGAGCAUUUCGCCAUGCUGCUUAAACUUGGGUGGACGAGAUCACAACAGGUGCAUCGCGUAGCGGCGGCCUCCAUUGGGACACGAGCCGCAGCAAGAACUGUAUUUGCGGCGUCUGAAACUUUCUCUGCUGUACGAUUUAUCUCGAACUUUCGAAUUUUGCGUGGGCUUGGAACGGUGGGAAAAGUUGUGUCAAAAGUUGGCAUAGCAACGGCUGCCACGGCUCCGGUAUUCAUUGGGCUUGACAUUGCAUUUUUAGUUUAUGAGUUUAAAAGGAAAAAGCCAAAUAUUGAGAAGCUGGAGGCGUUCGAUCGUUCACUUGAGCGGACGUUAGAACUUCUUUUGAAUUCGUUGCUUGAGCUAGAGGAAUUUGAAAGGGAAAGAUUAUUAAUCCCGGAAUGAUACUUUAGAUAAUUAUACCUUUAGUAUAAGCCUUGAUGGUCUUUUACUACAAACUAGUACAUUUGUAUUUAUGUAUGUAUAUAUCAUCCUUAAUGAACGCAAUGGUUUGUUUCUAUGAUGAAUUACUAACUCAAAUUUACUUUUAUAUAGAUGUUAACAAAUUUUAAAGUUUCCAGUAUUAGUUCUGAGAAUUACCAUACCACCCCAAUAGAUUGACUUUUAUUGAUCCUCCCCUCGUAUGCACCACAUUGUGCAUGGACGAGUUUGACCUUUAAAAUUUGAGUGUACUUAGAUUUUGUAAAUUAAUUUUUCUCAACUUUAUUUGAAUUACAGAAAUAUGUACAUAUCUAUGUAUCUUUAUUCGUAUCUAAAUAUGUAA